AUGGAGGCGACGACGAGCGAUCCUUCCCCACCGGUCGUCGUCGCGGAAGGCGCGUCCGGCGCCGGCGACGGCGACGGCGGCGACGACGCGGAGGAAGAGGAGGAGGAGGCACAAGCGCCCGACCCCCCCCCGCCGCCGCGGCCGCCGCCGAUCGCGUUCGAACGCCGCCGCCGCCGCCGCGCGCGCGACCGCGUCGCCGACCUCGAAGACGACCGCCGCGCGAGAAAAGGCUGGCGCGCGACCGCGCGACUCGCGGUCUCCAAGGCGAUGGACGCCGUCGCGGCGAAGUACCCCGGCGCGCGUGCCGUCGAGAUCACCCACUUCGCGGGCGGGCCAUGCGACGAGCGCGAGAUCGUGACGUGCGUCGUCCCCGGCGGCGUGCGCCGCGGGUGGACCGUCGUGACGAAACGCGACGGCGGGUUGGAAGCGGCGAUUCGACUCGCGCACGGCCGCGCCGCGCGCCGCGCCGGGGACGCGCAGGGGCGCGUGUCUGGGUCGCAGACCGUGCGUCUGAAAGGUCUGAGCGCGCGCCCGGAGCUCAACGGCGAGAUCGGGCUCGCGCUGAGGCGCGUUCUGUUCGAGGCGUCCACGGGGCGAUGGCUGAUGCGACUGCGCAACGGCGACGGGAAGCAGGUCAAGCCGGAAAACUUGGAGCCGAUGGAGGGCGCGGGCGGGCGGGUGUUCGCGUUCUGGGGCGACGCGCGGUGGUCGCGCGCGCAGCUGCUGGGCGAGAUCGCGCGCGGGCACUGGGGUUUGUGCCGCGGCAGCGUCGCGGACAUCGCGUGCGCGCCCGAGGCGCGGUACGAGAGUUUACUCGGCAGCGAACGGCUGGCGUUCGCGCCGGUGACGGAGAUGACGGAGGAUUUUCUUCGGAACGCGCGGCGGGAGAUGGCGGCGCUUGGGAGCAUCGCGAGGGAGACGAUGCCGGAGGGCGAGGAAGCGGAGGAGGAGGGCGACGGGGACAGUCCGUGA